AUGGCGGAGGCAGAACCCCACAGAAGACGCCCAUACCUGCGCCCAUCGAAAUGUACCCUACGACAGUCAGAACCAGAAGAGCCGGGGGAGGCACGUACGCCGAGGAAGCCAGUGCGGGUGAUCAGCUGGGCAUUUAUCCGGCUGCGGCAGAGCAGCGGGGGCGGAGGAUGCCUCCCGGAAGAAACAAAAAGCGGCCCCGCUGAGGCAGCGGGGCUACUGAUGAGAAGAGACGAGGGGAGUGAACUCCUGCGGGGAGCAGAUCAGCCACCGCACCCAGCUGCAGCGAGUGCAAGGGGCGGAGCCAGAGCGGGCUCCGAGAAAGCCGGCAGCACAACCGGCAGCCGUGCUGGCAGUGGAACCGGCUCUGACACUGUCGGCAGAACCAGUGAAGAAGCCAGCUGUGUUAUAGGCGACAGAGCCAGUGGAGGAACCGGCAGCGUCGGGAGCAGCAGAGCCGGGGGCGAAAUUGACUACGCUGCAAGCAGCAGAGCCGGUGGAGGAACCGACAGCGUUGGGAGCAGCGGAGCCAGGGAAGAAAUUGACUACGCUGCAGGCAGCAGAGCCGGUGGAGGAACCGACAGCGUUGGGAGCAGCGGAGCCAGGGAAGAAAUUGACUACGCUGCAGGCAGCAGAGCCGGUGGAGGAGCCGGCUGUGCUGUAAGCAGAAGGGCCAGCCGCAUUUCAGGCAGCAGAGCCAGUGAAGGAACCGGCCGCUUUGUAAGCAGCAGUGGCCAGGGUGUAGGGGAGGACGGAGCCCCAGGACUACCCGCGGGGGACUGCGCCAACUCUAGGGGCUACCCCAAGGAAGGACCCCCCCACUGA